UAUCUGCUCGACCUUUGCCGUGCUCGUUUGCAGCAAGUAAACGGCAAACCCUAGGAAGACCCUUCUGCUAGCCUUUUUCCGUGGGAAUCGAACGAGGCGGCGUGGUGGCGAAGCGAUCACUGAUCGGACGCUACUUCCGUGGGUUUCUCGGCUCACGUUUUUGAUUCGCUGCCGAUCGAUUUGGCGUUUCUUGUUCUGUCGUUUCUUUGGAUUUGGAAUCUGUUUCGGGACUACUUUCCGGAGCUGAUUACGAGGAAGAGGUGGGAUGUGAAGGGAUGGAGGGAAACUUCGGAGGUGGCUGCGGUGGUGUCGGAGAUAAUGGAGGGCCAAGCGACGGCCGGCCGCCGAAUCCUUUUGCAGGACCGCAUCAGCAAUGCUUCACUGGGACACACCGCAAGGCUGCUCUUGUUCGUCACGAGUCGCUCCAGCUCUACAAUGGGGUCUGUUUCCACGAGUUCUGUUAUGGAUAUUUUCAACUUGUUGAAGGCUUGUUGCUCUCAGUCAUGCAAUUAUAUCAUGACCUAUGGGGGGACUUUUAGCUCCUUGGCCAGUGAGGUUGGGCAGCUGAAGGACAAAAGUUCCGAUGUCAAGAGAGGCGUCGAGGCAGCAACAAGGGAUGGCAUGACUCCCAGGAGCGAAGUGCUUGGGUGGCUAAGCUCCGUGCAAGACAUGGAAGGUGAAGCCGAGUCGAUAGAGAGAAAAUACAACCAAAAGAUCAAGUGUUUGUGUAGCUUCCCACUCAACGUUUGUUCUGCCUACCGUCUCAGAAACAGAGCUGAAGCAGCACUUGCCACAAUCAGAGAGCUCAAACAAAGUGUAGAGUUCACUAAGCUCGCAGAUAACCUGAAUCUUAUCCGCUCCAUCAAGAUGCCAACCAACAAAACUAUCGGCAUGGACAAGGUCUUCGAGGAGCUUCUACGCCAUGCCAAAGAUGAUAGUUUGAGUGUGAUUGGCAUCCACGGAAUGGGUGGUGUGGGCAAGACAGCACUCUUGAGAAGAUUCAACAAUGAUUUCCCGAGUGAAACAGAGGCAGACGUGGUAAUCUUCCUUGAGCUAUCAAUAGACUAUAAGCUGGAGGAAGUCCAGAAAUCUUUAUUCGAUCGACUGAGUUUGACAUGGAAGGAUGAGGUCACACACAGAGACAGAGCAACCAAAUUAUUUAGAGUCCUGAGUACGUUGAAAUUCAUAUUGUUACUCGAUAAUCUAUGGGAGCCCCUAAAUUAUCAGGUUGUUGGAAUUCCACUUCCCGCGCCUCCAUCAAAGUGCAAGAUCAUAUUCACAUCCCGAACAGAAGACACUUGCAGCCACAUGGGCACAGAAAAGAUGAUUAAAAUGGAAUGCUUAGAACAGGAGGCAGCCUGGAAUCUCUUCAGAAAUAGUGCAAGGAUGGAUGUCAUUGACGCCGACAAGAAUAUACGGAUCAAGGCUAGAGAUUUACACAAGGAAUGUGGCGGCUUGCCUGCAGCUCUCAUUGUGCUGGCACAAGCAAUGGCGCCUAAAAAGACGUGGGAAGAGUGGAUACACGCCUUGACCAUCAUGAAGGACACACCACACCAACUUCCUGGUAUGACAAAAACUGUUUUUUCUAUCCUGAAACUAAGCUAUGAUCGUCUAUCCAGUGAUAACUUGCGAGUUUGCGCCUCUUAUGGUGCAUUAUUCAAAAAAGGAUCUUGGAUUGACAAAUUUGAUAUUAGGGAUUUAUGGAUAGGUGAAGGGAUUUUUGAUAAUGCCGAUAAUAUAUGCGAUUCUACCCAGCAGACACAGUUUCUACUUGGCAUACUACAUGCAGCAUCUUUAACCGUAAGGGUUCAUGAUGACUACUUCACGAUGCAUCCCAUGACCCGGGCCAUGAUAUUGUGGGUGCAACGUGAGUGCGGGAAGAAGGAGAACAAAUGGUUGGUGCGGGAUAGGGAGCGGGUCGAAGAAGCACCGGCAGCUGAGAAAUGGCGAGAUGCAGAGAGAAUUGCACUUGUGUGGAACCAAAUAAGAGACCUUCCAGAAGCACCUGAAUGUCCUAACUUGAUUUUUCUGAAUCUUCACGUUAACAAAUUUCUCAGGAAGAUUCCAAAUGGCUUCUUCUUGCACAUGCCUCACCUCAAAAUCCUUGAUUUGCGAGAUACUUCUAUAAGGGAGCUCCCGGUAAGCAUUGGCAAUCUGGUGCAACUACACUAUCUCAGUCUAUGCGAAACUAGGAUUACUUCUCUACCAAAGGAGAUGGCAGCAUUAGUAAAUCUCAAAUAUUUGUCAUUGGAAUCCAUGAAAUAUUUGAGAAAUAUUCCUGACCGACUAAUCUCCGGUCUUCGAGAAUUGCAGUGGCUUGACAUGGGGGACAGCUACAGUGGGUGGAGGGAAGGACAGACUUGGGAAGGAGGUGUGAGUUUUGAAGAGAUGGAAAGUUUGAAGAGAUUAAAAUUCAUUGGGAUCACAGUCAGCACUUUUGCUGCUCUUCAAAACCUCUGUGACUCUCCAAGACUGGCAGCAUUCACACAUUGGCUCCAUAUAAAAGGGUGUCCAGAUUUGACGACGUUCAACCUCCCAUCCAUGAAUUUUCAUGCGGAAACAAUGCCCAGAGUGAUACAUAUCGAGCUUCACGCAAUGAGUGAGCUAGAAGAGGUAGUAAUUGGCAAUCGUAAACAUAUUCUUCCAUCUCUACAAGAACUUCGACUUUCGAGUCUCCCAAAAGCAAAGCUCGUUUGGAGGGCUAGGUUCCCUAAUGCUCUUUGUGAACUAGAAAUUGAGGAUUGCAGAGCACUAGAUAGAUUGAUCAAAUUGGAGGAAGAGGCAAAUGGCAGUGGGGAGAGAGUUAUAACAAUCUUCCCUCAUCUCCACACGAUGGUGCUACGGAGGCUUCCAGAAUUGAAGAGUUUGAGUGAUGGAGAAUGAAUAUUAAAUUUCCCAUCGUUGAAGACUAUCAAGGUGAAAUAUUGCCCCAAACUGACGAAGCUGACGUUGGUUGCUGAUGGGCUGAAAGAGAUCAAGUGUCAGAGAUCAUGGUGGGAGCAGCUCAACUGGGGUGACGAACGAACCAAGUCCUUUGAACACCUCUACAAUCCCAUGAAUAUAGGUUGAUGGCUAAUUCAUCACGGGUAUAUGUGAAGAAUGUAGGCAUUUUAUACAAAUAUUGUGAAAGUCUACUCCGUACUAAUUUUAGUUUUAUGAGAGAUAUAUGAGUGUCUUGUAUUUUUAGAGAUUGAUUAUGUAACAUUGAGUGUCUAAAAUAUGAUAUUUUGUAACGAGAGCUUAAUUCAAGUUCUAUGAGUAUUUUGUACAGCUCUUCAAACAGUGCAAGUAUUUUGUACAAAUGUUGUGCAAAUCUAUAUAUUAAUUUUAGUUCUAUGA